CAGCAAGCAGAAAAUCCGAUGCCGAGCACGCUGAGCCCACUCGAGCAGCUGAAUGCCGCUUGCCGCGGCUUCCGCGAAACACUUCCACGGCUCAUUCAAAGCAUGGACGAUAACGCCACGUCGACAAGCAACGAUGUCGUGAGAGCGCUUUGUUUACUCAAAGACAUCAAGCAGUCGACGCGGGAAACAUUCUUAGACGCGGAGGGGUACCGCCGUCGCGUCGCCGAGCAAAAGGAUCUGGUCGAAGCACACCACUUGAAGCUCCAAAACUUGCUCUACGAGAAAGACCACUUGCUGCGGGAGAUACGCCGAUGCAAAGGAUACCCCACCAAGGAGCUCGACCAGAUCCAAUUCAAGGAUGGACCGCUACCCGUCCUUGUGGACGCCGAUUCCCACGACAAGCACCUCAAGCGCCUCGACGACGAGCUCGCCGAUCGAAAAGCACAGCUUCAGCACCAACAGGACCUCAAGGCUCAAAUUGCAGCGGUUGACGAAGCAGUCCAAGCGAAGCACGCCCUUCUGGACACCGUACCCGCUCACAUCGCCGCUAUUGAAGAGGCGACACGUCCGUUGCAGGCGUUACUGUCGAUACCCAUCUCGGAGUCGACCCAGCGCCACCGUGACGCAAAGGUCCUUCCCGCGCCGUUGUACUCGCUGUUCUGCGAGCUCGACGCCUUUCUGUCCAUCCAUCCUGGCACUGGAACUGUUGCGAUCGGCGAAGCCAAGGUCGGGUCGCUGUCCAAGCUCAGGAUCAAAUCCCGAAAGUCGACUAGCGCUGCCGCCCCCGAGAAAAUUGAAGCUGACGACACGGCCGCCCCCCCUGACGCAAAGCGUGCGAAGUUGACAGAUCCCCACGACGCGGCGCCCUUCGUCCCAGCGCCUCAGUCGCUUGUCUUGGAGCUCUACCUCCCAACGGCGGCGGGGGCAGCCUCCGCUUCGGAUUCGCACAAAACCAAGGUUUUGUUCAUGUACUUACCUCAGCUCCGCGUUGUCGUCGUCGAGGCGCCGCGGUACCCAGCCCUCCUGCGCAACCUGUUUGCGGCGGACAGCGGCACCGACUUUCCCAACCAACCUGCCAUCGCGUACGCGUUUGAAGCGUCCGAUGGGAUGGAGGUCCCGAUGGCAUUUCCGACCGACGUCAAGGCACGACCUUACGUGUGGGCCCAGUGGAUCACUGGCCUGUCGUCGACGGGUCGCAUUGAGCCGUCGAUUCGCCACGUCAUGGCCAGGCUGCGGCACCGAUAUACUAUCCAGCAUGCCCUGUACGGCCACUUGGACGCGCUCAAGGAGAAGCGGGUCGACUUGUCGCCGUCGUCCGAGUUGGCCUCGGCAUCUGUCAAGACAAAGCUUCACAGCUGGUCAAAGGUCGCCCGCGACGACAUCUCGGUAUUCCCAGACUACGUCGAUGGCACUCUGUACUUUCGAGCGUCACUCGUCCCGCCUGGAGAUGUUGGCCGCGUCGUUGCUUUCGUUGAGAUCUCACCAGAGUACCCCAAAGUUGCCCCUCGGUUCGUCGUUCAAAAGGAUGUGGCGUUGGCUGCGCUCCCGACCGCCGAUCAGCUCAAGUCGUGGUUGGGGGCGACUGUGUGGCUGGUCCCCGUGGUGGUUGGAUUAAGCAUGUCCAUCCAAUCGUUGUAUCUACCCUGAUGCCAUGAUGCUGUGUUGAAAUGGAUGGCUGACCGGUCGUGCUGGAUUGUAUGUAUGCUAGGACAUGGCGGUCGAAGUGGUAGAGUUUGCGGCCGACCUGGUGGCGGCCGACGGGCGCGACGACCUCUACCUCCUCGUGCAUCAAGUGCGCAAGCUCCAGCUGUGCCUGGAUGAAAUCGCGGCAUGCGGGACGUCAAAGACGAACGAGUACACGUUUGGAACUCGCCGCAAGAAGAAGCCCCACGCACACCGCCGUGGCCAAGUGCCGUCGGAACGGUCGUCGCAGCCCGACGAUGCCGAUAACGACGGCUGACCACAGAUCUUGCCGUUCUCGUCGAUGCACUAGCCCAUCCAACAAGACAAGGUUGUCGACUCUACAUUGCUGUGUUGUACAGAAACGCCAGCGCGAUCCCUAUAUGAACCCGCU